AUGUCGGACAUUGAAAAGCAGGUGGCCACCGACAGCCCCGCUGUCGUGUCGGCGUCCAACUCGACCUCGGCCUCGGACGUGGUCCCCAUCACCAUGCUGGAGAAGUUCACCUACUACAACGGCCGCAUGGAGGCUGCCAUGGGCAUUGAGGCUCGUGGUAUCCAGCGUGUUCCCGAGGAUGAGCGCCCGGACAAGCGUCUGUGGGGUAACCUCACCAUCUGGUUGAGUGCCAACUGUGUGCUCCCCACCUUUGGCGUCGGCAUUCUCGGUCCCCUCACCUUCUACAUGUCCCUCGGUGACUCGAUGCUCACCGUCUUUUUCUUUGUGAUUUUCUCCUCGAUCCUGCCCGCCUUCUGCUCGACUUUUGGUCCCAAGCUUGGUCUCCGUCAGAUGACCUCGUCGCGUUUCUCGUGGGGCUUCUACGGCGCCAAGGGUGUCGCCUUCCUCAACUGUAUCGCGUGCGUCGGAUGGUCGAUCGCCAACACCAUUGCCGGUGCCCAGGCGCUCUGCGCCGUUGGCGAGUGGAAGUUCUCGGCCGCCGCCGGCACUGUCAUUAUUGGCAUGUGCACCCUCGUGAUCGGCAUGUUUGGCUACAAGUUUGUGCACAGGUACGAGCAGUUUGCGUGGAUCCCCACCGCCAUCACCUUCUUGGUCGUCCUCGGUGUGGCUGCCAAGCACCUCGUCAACGAGCCCAUGGGCGUUGGCCGCGCCGAGGCCUCCAACGUCCUCUCGUUUGGCGGUGUCAUCUGGGGCUUCUGCAUUGGCUGGGUCUCGCUCGCUUCCGACUACAACGUCUACAUGCCCGCCGAAGCCCCCGCGUGGAAGAUCUUCAUGUGGACCUACAUUGGUAUCUCGGUCCCCUGUGUGCUUGUCAUGUGGCUCGGUGCCGCUGUCGCCGCUGCGGCCCUCGCCGGCGCCGACAUGGAGGCCGGAACCACCCUCGCCAACUGGUACGCCAUGUACGACGCCCACGAGCUCGGCGGUCUCCUCCACGCCGUCAUGGUCCCGCCUCUCAAGGGUGGUGGCAAGUUCUUCAUGGUCCUCCUCGUGCUCUCGGUCGUCGCCAACAACAUCAUCAACGUCUACUCGAUGGGCAUGUCGAUCUCCGUCAUCACCAAGUACCUCUCCUACGUGCCCCGUAUCGUCUGGCCCUGUGUCAUCACCGCCAUCUACAUCCCCGUCGCCAUUGUCGGUGCCAACAGCUUCUCCACUACCCUCGAGGACUUUUUGUCUGUGCUCGGCUACUGGCUCGCCAUUUUCGUCACCGUCGUCGUCGAGGAACACCUCAUUUUCCGCAAGUCGAACUGGGACAGCUACAACGCCGAGAAGGCUUGGAACGACCGCAAGCUCCUCCCUAUCGGCCUCGGAGCGCUCGGCGCCUUCUGUUUCGGCGUCGUCGGCGCCGUUAUGGGCAUGGCUCAGAUCUGGUACAUCGGACCUCUUGGAGCAAAGGUCGGAGGUAGCGCCAACCCCUUCGGCGGUGACAUUGGCUACGAACUCGCCGCGGCGUUCACCGCCGUCACAUAUCCGAUCUUCCGCACUCUCGAGCUCAAGUACAUGGGCAGGUAA